AUGGCCUCGUUGGCGGGAAGUUCAGUGUGGCGCUGGGUCCUCGUGCUCCUCUAUUUGGCCGCCUUCUCGGCAGCCGCCCUCCAGAAUGACGACUACUGGAGGAUAUUGUUGCAGAGCGAAGCCUCUUCGGAUGACCAAGGCGUCGUCGAUACCGCGGUCCGCCCUCCCGACCCGCCGACGGCCCCGAACCCGAGCACCGGUACCCACAUCAACAAAUCGUCGAGUGAUCCAUCGGGCGGACUUGACGACGAUGUGCACAACAACGAGAAGGCGCAGCAAAUUCCUCCCAAAUUGGCGGCCCCGAACCCAAGCACCGGUACCCACAUCAACAAAUCGUCGAGUGAUCCAUCGGGCGGACUUGACGACGAUGUGCAUAACAACGAGAAGGCGCAGCAAAUUCCUCCCAAAUUGGCGGCCCCGAACCCGAGCACCGGUACCCACAUCAACAAAUCGUCGAGUGAUCCAUCGGGCGGACUUGACGACGAUGUGCACAACAACGAGAAGGCGCUGCAGAGCCCCCAACCUGACGGCCCUCGAACCCGAGCACCGGUACCCCAUCAACAAAUCGUCCGAGUGAUCCAUCGGGCGGACUUGACGACGAACCCGAGCACCGGUACCCACAUCAACAAAUCGUCGAGUGAUCCAUCGGGCGGACUUGACGACGAUGUGCACAACAACGAGAAGGCGCAGCAAGGGCCCCCUGAGGAGAAUGAGCCCAGAAUUCGACCGCCCAGGCAAGGAAACUUUACUUCGAAUCCACUUCACAAUGCAAAAGUGGACGAGAAGGCGAUGGAACCCUCGCACCCCAAAAGCUAUGUAUCUGUUUCAGGCAGGGGCCCGAAGCGGCGCGUUCGCGAGUACGCUGUGUGCGAGUGCGGCCGGGAGGGCUACCUGGACGCGGACUACGGGCCGAUGGUGUGCCAAGCAUGCAAGAAAGAGUUCAUCGACGCGCUGAACAACCUCCAAAAAGACCAAGAAACAGGCGAACGCGUCGUUUGCCUCCUCAAUUGUGGGCCCGACGAUGCCUGCAGCUUCCAUCGAGUCUUGCGUUGCGAAGCUCGCGGAUUUCGCGAGGACCUGAUCAAGCGCCGAAAG